CAAUAGCUUCUGACUUUGGGUUUGUUUUGGUUUUUUUCUUUUUUAGCCAAAUUCAGCACUCGGGAGCCCCUGUUUCGCUGAAAAACAGUAAAACAAGCGCUCCGGUUAAGGGGGUGAUGUAGUUUGACUUUAUUUACACUUUUAAGCUUAGAUAGGCUACCUAAGAACGCACCAAUUGCAAGGAGAACUUGUGAACGCCUAACCUGCAUUCCUAACGGAUGCGCUUAAACGGGGUUUUAAAACGGGGCUACUGGAAUUAUUUCUUUCUAGGUGUUCAGUUGCUCACACCUGCUGAAUCGGCUGUAAAAUGUCACUUAAUCAAGCGUGAGUUCUAUUUAAUUUGGCUUCAGUAUAACACCGUUUUCUGAACUGUGUUAGGCAGUAUUCAAGACUUAAAUUUAGACCUGUGUUCGUUAAUAUUGAGCUGAAUGUCACAUGUAAGUUUCCAUCCUCUCUAUUUUUUUUCCUUCUAAAGGGGAUAUAAUUUGCCAUCAUCAUAGUCUAAUUAUGUAGAUCAUCCCAACAAGGUCAGUAAUGCUACUCAGCAUUUCUCAUUACUGAAAAUUCUCACUUCCCGCUAAUUACAGGAAUCUUAUGAGGAGUCAAGAGCUUUUUUUUAUUUUCACACUCUGCCUUUGACGUUCCUUCAGCGUUUUCACAGAAGAGCUAAUUCAGACUUGCACCCUGUCUGCAUCCUUUUUCUGAUGUUAACUACCUUCUUGAGGUGGCUGGCCUCUAGCUGACAAUCUGCUGAUAAUCUCUCUUCUUUCCUAAGGAGAGAUGGUCAAGUGCUCCAUGUAAUCAAACCCUUUAUCAUUAUGUCAGCUGUAUCCCCAGCUGUCAGUCUUUAAAAUUUUAUAUAUAAAAUAUAGAUAUAAAAUUCGAUACCUUCCUUUACUUGGACUAUAGGACUAUAAGAUCUCUAAAGUACACCUGGGUUGAAAUUGGAGCCUUGCAGUCCUGCCCAAUCUUGCAGUUAUGUCUCUUAAUUAGGACAAAGAAAGGCAGCAUAACUUCCCAUGGGUAAGUUUUCUGCCUGUGCUUUUGAAAGUUGUUACAAAGUGGUUCUGAACACUUAGGAACACUGAAAAUCUUUUCACCAAGUGAGCAACCUUCAAACUGAGUAGCCCCAUCUAAUCCAUCCUCAGUGGCUUUCUCUUUCCUCCAGAGACAGCUGAUAGCACCUUCUUUGAGUAUCUGAUAACCUGAUACUUCUAACGGGGUUGAAUUCCUUUUUUGCUUUCUGGCCCAAGUUUCCAGUCUGUUUCUUUGGUUUCUGCUUUCCCUGGUUUGCUAAUAAGGGAUUCUCCUUCUUGUAGUAUCCCUGGCGUUGAUUUCUAGAACUAAUUUUCAAAAAGGUUCUCGUGAAAGGAAUGCUGAAACCUUGUUUCAGAGCAUUGACUGCUCUCUUCACUUUAGCUGCUGACUUGCACUUGAUCCAAAAUACUGGAGAUACUUCAGGCACCUCAGAGUAAUUGUUCUGUAAUCCUCUGCGCCUGCCAGCUGGUUUAGGUCGUUGCUGACAGCGAAAGACUCCCUCUCAAAGCUGUUUAAAUGAGAAUGUCCCUGGCGCAAAGAGUACUACUGACAUGGCUUUUCACGUUACUCUUCCUGAUCAUGCUGGUGCUAAAGUUGGAUGAGAAAGCACCAUGGAACUGGUUCCUCAUUUUUAUUCCAGUCUGGAUAUUUGAUACUAUUCUUCUAGUUAUGUUAAUUGUAAAAAUGGCUGGACGGUGCAAGUCUGGCUUCGACCCUCGCAACGGCUCCCAAAACAUCAAGAAAAAAGCCUGGUAUCUCAUUGCAAUGCUGCUUAAGUUAGCCUUCUGCCUCGCCCUCUGCGCUAAACUGCAACAAUUUACUACAAUGAAACUAGCCUAUGUAUUUAUCCCUUUGUGGGCCUUGCUUAUCGGGGGUAUGGUUGAACUUGGAUACAAUAUCUUCUAUGUGCGAAGAGACUAAGCUAUACUAUGUGGUUUUCAACACUGAGAUUGGUACCAAACUACUGGAUUAUUAUAGUUUUGCCACAAACUUCAUCUUCAAAUUAGAAGGCCAAAUAAGGAAUCGGUCAAACGGGAGACUUCAUCUAAACCAGGCUGAAGACUGAAAGUAGCCCUGUUCCAUUUUUUAUUUUAAA